UCGUUCAAUAUGGCUGGUGCUGGGAGGGAUGUCUGCCAGGUGCAAAAUUCGGUGGAAAUAUUUUUUCAAAAUAUAAGAAUUCCAGAAAACUAUCACCAAGCAAAUCAGUCUAUGGUAGAUUUUGUCGUGCAGCACAGUAAGGAAGAUCGCAAGGUUGUUUUAGUCACUUCCGGUGGCACAACAGUCCCCCUUGAAAGUCACACAGUCCGCUUUAUCGACAACUUUAGUAUCGGGACGAGAGGUUCUGCUUCCACAGAAUAUUUCCUCGACCAAGGCUACGCUGUCAUCUUUCUCCACAGACAUCGCUCACUCGAACCAUUCCUCAGACAUUUCUCCAAAGUCUCUUUCCUGGACAUUUUGGAGUUUGAUGAGGAUGAAAAAAUAGUUGUGAAGAACAGUGAAAUGCCUAUGCUAAAGCAAGUCAUGAAGAAAUACCAGGCAGUGAAGGCGGAGGGUCGACUCCUGUCAGUCAGUUUCCAGACUAUCGGAGACUAUCUCCACCUAUUGAGAGCGGCGGCAGAAGCUCUUCAACCUCUGGAGGGCAGAGCUUUACUGUAUUUGGCCGCAGCAGUCUCAGACUUCUACAUUCCACGAGAUUUAAUGCCAGAACAUAAAAUCCAGUCAAGUGAAGGACCCCUGAACAUAGCAUUGCAGUUAGUUCCCAAGAUACUAGGCCCUCUAGUCAAGACAUGGGUCCCUAAAGCAUAUGUUGUAUCUUUCAAGUUGGAGACAGAUCCAAAUAUCCUUCUUAGAAAAGCCAGACAAGCCAUGGAAAAAUACUCACAUCAACUUGUGAUAGCAAACAUCUUAGAAACGAGGAAAGAAGAGGUUGUCAUAGUGACCAAGGAUACAGAGGAAAAGAUCAAGCUAAGCCAGGAGCAGAUGGCAAGAGGAGUUGAAAUAGAAGAGCCGAUCGUAAAAAGACUGAAAAUACUUCACCAACAAUUCUGUGUAUGACUUGGUCUGCAUGUCAGUCAGACAAUGAAUCAGGGACUGUUGGUCAAUCGAUGACAUAUCGGUCAAUCAAUUAGGGAGUGUUUGCAGAGACGCCAGUCAGUCAAUCAUGUCAGUCCAUUAUUUAGGGACUGCAGGCGUUUCAUCAUAUUGAGCUGCUCACGGAGUCCCUCAUUUGUGUAUAUUGAGAGGGAGUUGGGUGUUCUCAUUUUGGAGAAGAGCAUUGCAGUCUCCCCUCGGGUAUCAUGGUGCUUUGAAGAGUUGGAUGUGUUGUUACUUAUCUGCCUUGAAAAUGAGGAAUAUGGGACCAACUAGGUCUUUUGUUCACAAGAUAUCAAACUGAGAUCAGAGAAAGCAUUUAAAAGUGUACCGGUAAUGACUUGAGAAAAUCCGGAAGAAGUAUUGUAGGCUGCUAUGCAUAUGGAUGAUUAUUUUUGAAUAUUUUGAAUAAAACUUCCACAUCAAUGAUUGAAUCAGU